AGCGAAUUUACUGAUCCACUGGGACAUGGAGGGAACGCAGGGGCAAUUUCUUCCUCUACCCAUAGCAAAUCGCAUGUUAAAAACUAACAUUUUAAUGUGACUAAAACGCACAACCCAGAAUAUGGUCUAAUAAUGUUGUUGUCCAAAAUGUUGUCGGGCAGGCACACCGAGAAGGCUACAUUUAUGAAGAAGCGUCAGCGAGGCCAGUGGCGUCACCGAACGAUUCUGAGAAAUCUCUUCUUGGAACAAAGCUGAAUUCGACAAGCCAAACCCACUAAGCCACAUGAAGCAACCUGUUUUACAGCGCUGUCAACUGAGCUCGCAGCAAUACUUAGACAUUCACCCGAAAACAACAUUAAGUGGGAGCUCGGUCUUUUAAAAUUGUAGGCUACAUUAUCGUUGUCUUUAAACAUUGUAUCUUGGUGUUUGGAGUAGCCUAUAGGUUACAUUCUUGUCACUUACGACUCGGGUUUGCAGUUAUUCUGCCAAGGACAAAGAAUUUCUCAGUUACACAUUAAAUCCAAAUUACGGAAAGGAGUUUUCGAAGAAUACCCGGGGGUGUUUUUUUUAAUUUUAUUCAACCUUCCCCUUUCAAAUGAUGAUUCUUUGCGUUCAUAGCCCUAGACCGAUCCCCACGGUGAUACCGCUGGGUAUGCCGACCCCGAGCUGCCUCCACAGCGCACCCCCACAGUGGGACCCUCGAAAAGAUCUACAGGCCAUAGCAACCACCUUCUGCUAUAUGGAAAUCUCAGGCUGGUACUGGGGUGGAAUGACCGCAAGUGAUGCCCAAGCCGUGCUGCAAGUGGCAUCUGAAGGCACAUUCCUGGUGCGGGACAGCAGCCACCCUCUCUACAUGCUCACGUUAUCGGUGAGAACGAAGCGCGGCCCCACCAAUGUGCGUAUCGAGUACAGCUGCGGACGUUUCCGGCUGGACUCCAGCUCGCCAGCUCGACCUCGCCUGCUCUCUUUCCCAGACAUCCCCAGCCUGGUGCAGCACUACGUGGGCUCCGGGCGCAGCAGCACAGCCGAGGAGGGACAGAUCGGGACAGAAGAGGUGGCGGAGCAGAGAGACACGAAAAAGAGGGGGGAGGACAGGGACAAGGCUGAUGUCGAGAUCUCCCCUCUGCCAGAGGCCAGAGAUGCCGUGCUGCUUAAACUCAAAAGGCCUCUCUGCAGGCCCCAAGCCUUUCCCAGCCUUCAACACCUCACCCGCCUCGCCAUCAACAAGCAGGUGGCCUGCCCUGCUCAGCUGCCCCUACCGAGGCCACUGCUACGCUACCUCCAGCAAUACCCUUUCCAGCUGUGAUUGGUCUUGGGCCCCAUGACAAGGGGCCAGUGAGCAGAAAGGAUUGGGGGUUUUUUUAUUCCCGGAGGCAGCAGGUACUCUGGUGCAACGAGUUGAUGAACGCCAUGGAGGCUCGCUCAGCCCCUGGGUUUAAUAAUGUCAACACUGUGAAAACCCCUCGGGUGACGUCAUGAAGCCACGCUGAAGGCAGGGGAGGCGGUGGGGGCGGCAUGAGAGCAUGACAAAGCAAGCAAUGAACAGAGAACAGAUAAGAAAGAAAGACUAUCCUGUUUAAAGAGAACUCUUUGAACUGUGUGAGGAGUAACCUGUGAAAGCACAUGCAGCAGUGACACAGUAGGACUGGUCAAAUUCAAGGAAUUAUAGCCAGCUGCUCCCUUCUACCAAGACCUUAGGAGAGGUGUAACCUGAGUCAACACUGGUUUUUCUCCCUCCUUCAAAUUGAAAUGUAUGCAUUUCUAUUUUAAAGCAAAGGAUUCACAUCCUUUUUGUUAAAAUAUUGCCACCAUGUGGAUUGUUGUACAUAUUUACAAAGAGAUCCUUGUGAAUUGUAAUAAAACUGUCUGAAACUCUA